GGAUAGAUUUGUGCAGUCGACGUGUCCACGCCCAGUUUCACGGUGACGUCACAGGGCGGGGCUAGUCCACAGGAAAGCUAGAUAAGGACGCACGCUCAAGUCAAAUCCUUUAGGUUCUGGCGGCGCAGGCUCUCAGUUGCCUUACAAGUAUAACAGUAACAAUAACUUUUGAGCUGAAACACUUUGAACAACUUAACAGUAAAAUUAUGGCGGAUAAAAUAGACAUGGAGGAGUGCAAGGCGUCCAACGGAGAAGCGCACCUCGACGAGCCCGUGCUGAACGGACUGGACACGCACAAGAAGAGCGGCACACUGCCCCUGUCUGAGCGGGUCAAGAGGAUAGUGAAGGCCAACUUACUAGUCAUCCUCACCGUGGCAGGGGUCAUCAUCGGGGUCAUCAUUGGAAUGACUGUACGUGAAGUACAUCUGACCAGGACGCAGAUUGUUUACAUCGGUUUUCCCGGUGAGCUGCUCAUCCGGCUGCUCAAGAUGAUCAUCAUACCGCUGGUGGUGUGCAGUUUAGUGUCCGGGGCGGCCAGCAUUGACCCCAAAGCCCUGGGCAAGCUCGGCGGCUGGGCUAUGCUCUUUUUCCUCGUCACUACGUUAAUCGCGUCGUCCAUCGGGGUGAUCAUGGCAUUCAUCAUAACUCCAGGUGCAGUGACGGGGUCUAAACCAAUCAUAGCAGGACUGGAUGACAGUGUACCUGAGCCUAAAGAAGUGAUUGACUCCUUCUUGGACCUGAUCAGGAACAUCUUUCCAUCCAAUUUGGUGUCUGCUGCCUUUCAGUCGUAUGCCACUGCUUAUAAACUGGUCAAGAUAAACAGUACAGAUCCAAGUUCUAACAUCACAGUGGAGAAGGUUCCCAUUGGGACAGACCAGGAUGGCAUGAAUAUUUUGGGCCUGGUAGUGUUUGCCAUUGUGUUUGGGGUGGCACUAAGAAAACUCGGAGAUGAAGGAGAGAUUCUGAUCAAGUUCUUUAACUCGUUCAAUGAAGCCACCAUGGUACUGGUUUCCUGGAUCAUGUGGUAUGCCCCUAUUGGUAUCAUGUUUCUUGUAGCUGGUAAGAUUGUGGAGAUGGAGAAUGUCGGAGAACUCUUCGCCAGCUUGGGCAAAUAUAUAGCCUGCUGUAUUAUUGGCCAUGCCAUCCAUGGUGCUCUUGUGCUCCCAGCGAUCUACUUCAUCAUUACCAGGAAAAACCCAUACACCUUCCUCUGGGGUAUAUUCACAGCUCUGGCAACUGCUUUUGGUACAAGCUCCAGCUCUGCCACGUUGCCUUUAAUGAUGAAGUGUGUGGAAGAGAAAAAUGGAGUAUCCAAGCAUAUCAGCAGAUUUAUCUUGCCCAUUGGAGCAACUGUAAACAUGGAUGGAGCAGCUCUCUUCCAAUGUGUGGCUGCAGUGUUCAUUGCUCAGCUUAACGACACUUCUUUAAACUUCAUUCAGAUCAUCACCAUUCUAGUGACCGCCACAGCUUCAAGUGUAGGAGCAGCGGGAAUACCUGCUGGGGGUGUUUUGACUCUAGCCAUCAUCCUUGAGGCAAUAGGGCUCCCUACAAAUGACAUCUCUUUGAUCCUUGCUGUUGAUUGGAUUGUUGAUCGUACCUGCACAGUGCUGAAUGUGGAGGGAGACGCCUUUGGAGCCGGCCUUCUGCAACACUUUGUUGACCGCACAUCCAAAGAUGUAGGCGAGGCCUUGAGUGAGGUCAGGGUGGGCCAGACAGAGUCUGCACCGGAGCACUCGCCUCUCAUUGAGAAACGUGGAGUUGAGGCCAGACCUAAUGAAAAAGAGUCUGUCAUGUAAUAUGUUUUUGACAUAACUCUUUAUUACUUUAAUCAUUGUCCAUCAAACCACUUUUUAAUAUUUUAGUCCAAGUAAAAACUUAACAGUACAAUAUUUAUUGCUACAAAACAUUAUCUAUACUACAUUUUGGGAAAGGUACAUGGACUGGUGCUUCUACUUUUUAAAGUCAAUGUUUGAGACGAACAGGCACUUUUACACUUCAUCUAAAACAUGAUUUUAAGUCACAGAUGCAUGUUGCAGAAAUCACUGAUAAUAGGGCUUAUGACUUUCUCAUGAGGCCUCCUCUUGGGCAAUAAGAGACAUUCAUUGCUCUCCUGAAAGUACCAGAUUAAUACAGGUUUGUAUCAAGUCAAUUGUGUUAUAUGGACCUUGUUCUGAAGGAGAAUGCAAAACAUGUCUUAAAGGUUUUUUUUUUUUGUUUUUUUUUGGAAGUCUUCAACUAUAAUAAUAUGCAGAUUUUUGUAGAGGCCUAAUUUUGUAACUUUAGUUCAUUUAUGUCCUAAUUGUAAUAUUGGUUACAGAUUUUGUAUAUUUGCUGUUUCUAUUUUCUGUGUAAAGGAUUUACUUUUAGUUUCCGUUAAAUAUGCAAGUAGAGCCAAAAGUGUAUUAUGUACAAUUUUUUUUUUUUCUCGAAUCUUAAGCUUUAUAUUUAUUGUCAGAAAUUAAUGACCCAUUGGCUUUUGUUCAGGGGGGGGGACUCUAUUUGAUCUUAUUUAUACUGUUCAAACUACUUUAACACUGAAUGAAGGAAUCGUCUCAAGGACCCAUUCACAGAACACUCCGGACAUUUCUGCCGCUUUGGUGGACAUAAGAAACAAUGGCAAUCACUGUGACUCAGGUUUAACUUUCUUCACAACUGUGCCGAAUUGCUCUCCAUACUCCAAGACCAAAAAUCUCACCAACGCUGGCUGCUGGACUAAAAACACUGAAUAAUAUGGAGAUGCUGUUUUGUUAAAACUGCGUCAAAGCACAAAAUGCUAUGCACAAAGUUGGUGUUGAUGAGUUUGUAGAGUUCUGAAUGUAAUAGGUGUGAGAUAAGACUUUAUUGCUGCAUUGUUGACAGUGGAUUGCUGGACCUACACCAUUGUUGCCUGAUGAGAUGUGUUCAGUUCAACAACAAAAAAACCUAAAUGAUUAUUGUUACAAGGUAUUUUCAAUAUUGACGAUCCAAAGAUGGCUUUUUUAGAGUCUACAGUUUAUAAUGUGUUUGUAGUGUUUUCUUGGGCAGUUUUUAAAAUCUGUUUGCUUAAUAUAUAUGGUAACAGUUUGAGAAUUUCCAUUUAAAACUCCAAACAUUAAAACAUUUAAUCUGUCAUUUAUUCUAUUACGUACUGUACUCUUGUGAAGAAAUAUAAGUUUAAUGCAACAAAUGAUGGGAUGAGUAAACCGAUCUAUCGGGUCACUACACUUAAAGCUUUUUUUCAUAAAGCUAAAGGAAUUUGAUAAUCUGUUGAAAUCCAUGAAAUGACUGCUUUUUUUUGCUUUAAGAAUGAGAUUGUAUGUAUUGAUAUGGUUUUGUUACCUUUUAUUUGAAUAGGUUGUGUCAUGAUUCUGUUGUGUUCCCUAUGGUCAUUAGGUAAAUCAAUAAAUGCCUUUUAUUACA